AUGGCGUCUUCUAGGAAUAUACUGCGCUGCGAACGUAUCUUGGAGCGCUCAAGGCAUGCUUGGCAACCUCUGCGGCACACAGCAUCGCAACGACGGAGCUUAUAUUCACAUACGCCACUCUAUCUCGAUUUCCUGGCACCAUCAUGGCGGCAACCGGAAGCAACAAUGCGGCGCACCUUGCCCCUUUCAAGCGAUCGACCAAGAAGCUUGUGUCAGCGCAAAACAUUCAGUACCGCCGUAACACGACAAGCACAAGCUAUCCAGAAUCCACGGAAGGAUGACUCCGGCGACGAGAUGAUCAUCAACAUCUCCCCUCGCGCUUCCCAUCGGUUACGGGCAAUCGCUCAGAAGGACGAGAAUCCAGAUCUCGCGCUUCGUGUGAGCGUGGAGUCUGGCGGCUGUCAUGGCUUUCAAUACCUCAUGAGCCUGGUCAAUUUGUCGGACGUGGAUGCUGCGGAAGACACGGUGUUUGAGAAUGAGCAAGAAGGGAGCGGGUACAAGCCGAAAGUGGUGAUGGAUGAGCCGAGUCUGGAACUGCUGAAGGGCAGCACGAUUGACUAUACGAUGGAGUUGAUUGGGAGUCAGUUCAAGGUCACGGGUAUUCCUGGAGCGAAGAGUAGCUGCGGGUGUGGGACGAGCUUUGAUAUUGCGUGA